ACCCACCCCGAGCUCGGUGCCAGCAUGGAAAUAACAGCGCUGUGUGUGUGCCCUCCCUUCCUUCCUUCUGCCUCGGCCGCCAGCCUCGCUGGCUCUCGUUAGCGCCUUCUGAAAGGAAACCCGGCCCGCUUGUCCCCAGGGCACACAAUGCUGUGGCAAGCUUUUGUGCAGGCGGCUGGCCUGGGAUGGGCCUGGUGGGCACCUUCCAGCCGGGAUAUCGGUGAUAGGCUGUGAAUGCAGCUCUCUGCAGCGCUGUUGUGUCCGGCCAGGCACCCUCCCCGAGCACCCAGACAUGCUUUGAGCCAGCUACAGAGUGAGUUUACAGGCUGUUCUGUCAUACGAGCAUUGCUCAUGAUAGCCCAAACAUGCAAGAGAAAAGGAAAAACAAGCUCUUAAAUGCAGUCCACAGCAUGCUGAGCUCUCCCAUACUUGCUUGGUACUGAAACAUUUCAAUGGACCUUGCAAGUACUGUCAUACUGUCAUAGUGCAGUAACCUUUGUCUUUCCAAACUGUAGGUCAUAACUCCUCAUAGCUGCUCAGACAGCAUUUUUGCUUUUCCUAAUCUGAGAUGCAGAAAACUCACCCUUAUCAGGCUGUAUUUGGACCUCUGAAGCCUGCUGAAGGCACAAAAGGUAGAGAAGAGAUCCAAAUUUAAACUGCUUUUCUCAGGGAAGUCGGAAUGGGCCUGGAAGUUGUGAUCUGUGGCAGUUAGACAAAGGCAGAAGGUGGGAAUGAGGACCUCUGAAAACGAAUGAAUUAGUACAAAUGGAAGUGGUAAUACUUCAGAUGUCAGCUGUGCCUGCUGACAUCUCUUCCCAUCACAGAAGAGAUGUCUGACUUAAGCUUCUGUUCCUCUGAGUCCUGAUGGUUUCCAGGCCCAUUCCAAGCUCUCUGAAUGCUCAUGGGUGGAGAAGGAUUCACCCUGGUGCUGUGAGGGCAUUGCAUUCCAGAUGGAGUGGGCACUGCCUCAUCCAUCCCCCAUCAGGGAUGAAGCUCAGAGGGCAGCUUUGGAAGUGGUGACAAGAGUGGCUCAACAGAGAGCCUCCACUUUUCACCAAGUGAGUUGCUUUGGCUUGUGUCUAGCUUGAGAAAUCAGAAUACUAACCGCAAGGCUUGGUUAGUAAAGGAUUUGUUGCUCUUUUUGGAAACUGUUGUGAUUACAUUGCACCAUUUCUGAGUCUACAUCAAGUGUCUAGAGCAUGAUCCAAGACUAGGCUAAGGCCUUUGCCAAAAAGUAUAGACUCACUCUUUCCAGCUGAGUCAUACCAGCAGAUAAAGCUUUUAAAAAAAUUGAAAUAAUAGUGGCAAGGCUAAAAAAAAAACCCUAGAGAAGUUAAUCCCUGCUGCAAAUAGGUCUUAAAGUUUGAGCAGUUAUGGUUCUUGGGUUUACGACAGAGCGUUGGCAUCUGGGAAGCUGGUCUGCUGUUGCUUUUCUUAGCUGAACUCUUCAAACUUGUCACUUGAUAGUUCUUCCCCUCUCUUUUUGUCCCAGUGCUUUAGAUGUUGUGUGUUUUUCAGCAGCUGUUUUGGGUGCUGUGUGAUAUUUGAGUUGGUUUUGAGCACACGCUGGCAGUGUGAGGCACUGCCCACACACAUCACUUAGAAUUUGUGACAGGGUUUUUGAUUAAAACAAAAGCAUUGUAGGUAAGAAACACAUCCCUGAGGCUUCCUCUUCAGUUUGUGUGCACUGGAUAACUUGAGAGACUUUAAUCUAACCAGUGUGGCUUUUCAUCACAAGCAGAGACUUGAGCUUUUGGCAGAGGGGGAGGAUGAUACCAGCACGCCCCAAUAAAAAGGUUACUCAGUGUUUUAUUGCAGACCUUUCAGCUCUCAGCCUGGGAGACUCUUUCUGUAGCAUCUGCUGGGGGAGUUCUGUGUGGACAGCACUGCCUUAAAGGCUGCCUUUGUGAGGUCUGAACAAGCUUACCCUUCAGUGGUAAGGAAAGCUGGCUGAUUAUUCUCCCCUUCCAGGGUAAAUGGACUGGUAAAGAAUUCAAACGUUCUUGAGAAAGGUACAGACUGGGUAUUGACAUACUGAUGUGCCAAACCCAUGGUGUAGGACCUCUCAGUGUGUUGAUUGCUGAGUUAGUCUGUAGAAUAUGAAGGAACAGCUUGCUAGCUCCUCAGAUGGAUUUAUUCCAGAACGUGUCUGAUCCAUUACUGUGCUACUCACUUUAGACUUGUCAGAAUUGAAAUUUUGUUUCUGCUUGGGAAAGGUCUGCUGCUGCCUUUGCAUUGGAAUCCCAAAAUCGUCCACGCAAACAUACACCAGUAGGACCUGAAUGUUUUUGGGAGGGAAGAUGACAGCAGGCAGGCUGGCAGUGCAAUGGAAGCCAGCUAAUAAGCAUGUGGAAAAGUAUUGGUGCUUGCUUAUUAAGGAGGUGUGCAGGGAGCCUCCUCUGCCUGCAGGAACUGGCUCUGGCAGCACGUGGAGAUCAGGCUGGGCCACAGUGGGAGCAUCAGCAGCUCUGCUGCUGAGGGUCUGAAGUGAGUUCAAGUGGCUCCAAGAGCUGUGGAGGGUGAAAGGAGGAAGUGGGAAGGAGCUGUCAGGUAAACAUGAGUGGCCACCAGGAGCAGUUUGGGGAUAGCGGGACACGGCGCUGGCUGAGGCAAGAGGUGAGUCAGGCAGGGGAGAACAAGAGCAGCUGGUUGAGGGAAAACAGGAUGCAGUUGUGAAACCAGUCCUGUUGGGUGACAGGUUAUUAUUUGCUCUGGAACGUGGUAAUCUUUGGCUUGGAUUGUGAGGAGGGGACAAAGACAACAAAGUAGGAAUCUUUAAUUUGCAAAUUUCACCUUGCUUGAGAAACCAGGCAAAACCAGAUAUUGUUGUGACUUCCAGAAGGAUCUGCAUGUCCUGGGCACGAAGGAGAAUGUUCCCUGCUCAGUGAAGAGCUGAUAGCAGGAGGUGCUGUUUCUCUUGGAUCAAUAGAGUGUAAAGAGAGCUCAGUGUCGAUGCCAGCUGUCCAGAGAAUCUCUGGUGAAGAGCACGUAUCUUACUCCUGGAGAGUCCCCUGAGGAAGGCAGAGCUGUAGCAGCCUCCAGUAAGCAGCCUGCCCUCCGGAGGAGUUGCUGGAGCCUGUUCUGGAGCACAUCUGACUGCUACUGCCAGCGAGGCCCCAGCCAGCCACGAUGUACUGCCUUCAGUGGUUGCUACCUGUCCUGCUCAUACCCAAGCCCCUCAACCCAGCAUUGUGGUUCAGUCACUCGAUGUUCAUGGGAUUCUACCUGCUCAGUUUUCUCCUGGAACGGAAACCUUGCACAAUUUGUGCCUUGGUCUUCCUGGCAGCUCUAUUCCUCAUUUGCUACAGCUGCUGGGGGAACUGCUUCUUGUAUCACUGCACAGGAUCCCAGUUGCCGGAAUCAGCUCAUGAUCCCAGCAUAGUGGGCACCUAGAAAAUCAUAAUCUUCCAGUCUGAUGAGGGCUCUUGUUUUGCUUUUUAAAAAAGGGGUGGGGCUGGGGAGGAGCUGGGUGUUGGGUGUGGGACUGGAGUAAGGACAACCUAUUUCCUGUAACUGUGCGUGGACUGGAGUGGCAAAUUCUUCCCACUCUGCCUGUGAAAUUCGACUCGUUUACUGUGUGAACUCUGGCAGCACCACCUGCUUUUUUAGAAGCAGAAGUCUUUUCUUUCUUUCCCGUAUCACCGGGAGCAGACACCAGCCCUCUCAGCUGAGAACUGCUGGAAGCCUGAGCUGCUGGCCCCUGCCCAGCUGGGGGUGCUGGAGUUGUGUGUCACUUGUCUGCAUUAGGCCAUGGUGGUCUAACUCAGGGCUCUUGGCCCACUGAUCCUGCUUGAAUAGCUACAACAUUCUCUCAGUCUCUCUUUGUGGGGAGCCAGCCUUCCCACCUUGCUGAUCAAGGGUGAGUGCAACAGCUCACAAAUGGACUUGGCCAAAAGCUGCUGGAGCCAGAGGCAGUUGAGUCAUCUCCUCCUGCUCAGCCUGCCAAAGAGAUGUGUGCACUGCCCGAGUGCUUUCUGAACUCUUUGCUCCGAGAUCCCAGCCUGAAAGCCUCAGUUAUGCUGCUGCUUUUAUAAAGCCUGACAGGCAGUAGAGACUCUCUCUUCUCCUCCUUCUACAUAUCCUGGGUUUACCAAGGUAUUGACUGUUGGGAGAAGGAACCAGCAUGCUGCAAGACACUUUUGGUUUUGGAAGCCACUGUGAACUUUAUACAAAACUCAUGCUAGCCAGAAAGGCUGAGUGUGGGCAGGGCAGGAGAGGAUCCAUGAGGGGGAGGGAUGGCUUGAAGCAGUAAAUGCUUCAGCCAUUUUCAGAGAUAAUGUUUUUGGGCCAGAGGUGACAGAAGGUGCUGGUGCUACUGACUAGAGAAGGGCAGAAGCUGGAAAAAUGCCUGGUGUCUCCAGUUUCCCUGGCAGAAGGAUGUCAAAAAUCCAAGGUGAUGGUGGGUCAGGCCUACAGCCUGGGGCAGAGGUUGGUUUGUAAGAAGCUUUAGAGGUUAACACAAAACACUUACCUCUAAACUUUGAAGGUUUCCCUCCCCUUUGCCAUCUGUUUGUCUUUCCUUCAGUCUUCUGGUGGAGAGCAGCAGAAGUGGCUGUUGCUGUCCUGAGGCAGUUCAAGCUAUGAGGUUGUGAAACUUCCAGAGUAUUGUUUGUUCAUUGCACAGCUGUUCAAAAUGUUUAAUAAAGCUUUAUAAACUUUGGUC